UUCUCUCAGCACAGUCAGUACUCUCAAGGUAGGUGGAUCCAGCGUCGCGAAGCUGACUGCUCAGACCAAUGGACAUGGCAGACGCACAAGAGCUAAGGCGGCCAUCAGUCAACUAGCUCGAGACUUUCAUGACCAGCUUUUGGUCCUUGCCAAGCCGGAGAGCGAGAGCAGCCCAGACCCUGUGACACCAGCUACCGGUCUAUUCCGCACUUUAGCGAGAUUCCCCACGCCCUCUACACGGGAUGACGACGACGAGAUGCUCUCCCUGUCUUCAGAUGAAGAAGAAAUUGAUCGUACUGCCAUCAUUUCUCAAGACUCAGACGUCCAAAUCUCUUCUACCCCUGUUUCGAGCGAGCUCGCGCUCCCACCUUCCAAGCAGCAAGCGUUGCGAGAGAGCACGAGUCCAUCGCGGACGUUGGAUCGCUCUCAGCCUUGGGGUUCUUAUAUGCACAGUGCCAGACCAUCUCGCUCUUCACGGAAAUCUCCUGCUAUCAGUGCGACCAUCAGCUUAUCUCUCGUGGACGCCAACACCACAAGUAAUUCCCCAACAUCCUUGCGCUCAUCGACGUACACUUACCCAUGCAGAGCAGCGAGCACGGUCAAAUCGCUCAGCAUGAUGUUCCGGAUUCUUGAAGAAAUGCACUGCGCUCUGCAUGCCGGGAGAGUUGUGACCAAGAGAGACAUCUACUACCGCGCGCCUGCUCUCUUUGGCUCUCAGGCAGCAGUAGAUCGUCUGGUCGAUGAUAUUGCUAGUCAACUCGGUGUGCGGCGGUCGGCACUGGGCGUCACGGCUGCUUCAAAAGGCCUUAUAGCAGGGGCCGCAAGUAUCAGAUUGAUCGAUAGUGAUGCCACUUCGUCGGAGGCGACAGUCACGCUCAGUCAUCAGCACAAGACUCUGAUACCAAAUGUGGACGACAUCUCAGAGAUUGAUACAACAAGCUCGUGGCUGCUGGUCGUCGAGAAGGAGGCCGUUUUUCAGACUUUGGUGGAAGCUGGUAUCACAUCAGGGCGGACGCCCGGUCUUGGCCAUGGGAUUCUGGUCACUGGAAAAGGCUACCCUGACUUGAUCACCAGAGAGUUCCUUGCGAGAAUAUCACAGGAUUGUCCGCUUCUGAGUAUUUUAGUCCUAGUGGAUCAUGAUCCUUUUGGUCUGCAUAUCUUCGAACAAUACCUCAAAGCCAUGCCGCCAGACUCCAACAUCAGGCUUCUUGGUUUGCGUAGCAGGGAUCUGCAGCAUCUGCCAAGUUCAACGGAUCGAGAUCUCCUCCCUCUGACGCGAGCAGAUCGAGUACGAGCCGAGAAUACGCUAGCGCAAGAAUCAUUGAAUCAGACGAUCAGAGACGAGCUACAGUCCAUGCUAGCCAAGGGCUACAAAGCCGAGCUCGAGAUCCUCUCCAUUGCUCGAAGACGUCGCAGAUCAGAGGAGGCAUUGGAAGAGCAGCACAGCCAAUCUGGUGCAGCAAAUGUCGUGCGGAACGAGGAGAGGGAUGGGCUGGUGGAAUUUGUUGAGGAGAAGCUGCGAGUUGUGUUGGGAGGAUCGGCGGAGUGAUGGUUUGGGAUGUAGAGCUGGGAGUGUACAGUGUAUUUCGAUGAAGCUCCCUUCAUACAUGCUGUCCUGGCGCUUUGCUGCUGGUGCCUUUCCCACUGCAACUGAAGUACUCUGCUCUUACCAAUACUCAUCCUCCCCUCCUCCACCCCCUCCCUUGGAACCUUUGGCAGCCGAGGCCUGAGCCCUAUACAUAUCCGCAAUCUGCUCUGGCGAAGUCGAGUCCUCUGCAUCUUUAUCCUCCCUAAUCCUGAUAAAUCUCGGGAAACGUAGUGAGA